AUGGCGUUCCAUCAACAAACCCGCCAGUCAGUCCCCCGUCCGGCCCAGUCAACCUCUCGAGAUGGCGACCAGCUCCACACGUCACUGGCUCCACAGGUGCAGCAGCCCCCAGACGAGUCGCAGACCUGGGUGCUUUUUGCACCAGCGGACAAUGCCACAGCGUCAUCAUAUCUCGGGGAAAGCGAGCGGUCGUUAGAGACACCACGAGCAAGCGAUUUAGGCGAUUUAGAUUCGAACCUGAGGCUCGAUGGCGAUCUAGACUCCCACACGCGAUCCGUCGGAUUCCCUGCCGCGUUUGAAGACGACGUGGCCGAAGACGACGCCGAACUGGAUAGCUUGGAUAGCCAUCUUCCCGAUUUUCGAGCGACACAUAAUCCUUAUGCCGAGACCCCAGCCGCCCCGACUUCUCAGAAUAUGCCUGUUCUUCCAUGUCACGAUGGGCUGGGUUCCUUUAGGGUUGAGCAACCCGCGGGAGCUCCGGAUAUGCAAGAACAGUUGUAUGCUUUCGAGAAAUUCAACCCCCAUAGAAUUAAUCAGAGAGACGACGUACCCGAUUUUCCGGAGUUAAUGACCGACCCUGAUAGGGCCCAUAAGAUGCAGAGGAUCGAGUCCUGGCGGCUGGAACAAAGUCGCUUGCUACUCGAGCAUAUACAAAAGGAGACAAGGUCUCGCAGCCUGUCGCAGUCAACGAUAGCCACAAGAACCCACCAAUCUGUCCGUUCUAGCGAGACCGAAAAUGCCCAGGACGGGUCAGACAAGACGGUAUCUGGCGUUGUCCAGGGCGAACACGACAACGUGGACUGGCAUCAAGGCAGUACCCCUGAGCCCGAGGUCCAAUCCGAGGGAAUAUUAUCCCGCGUUGCCAAGAGCUUGAUCAAGGAGCUAAUAGGCAUCGAUGACCGUUUAUUAUCCAUUCUUUUCGGGGAGUCGAGGCCUGACGACGGAGAAGACCUCGAGGUCUCGGCUAUGAGGCCUUCCGAAGAGCGAUCAUGGCAACUCCGCAUGCUCGAGACCAUAGCGAAGGAAUUAGGCCUUCUGAUAAACCGCUUAUCCCAUCAUCCUGGCGCUUUUUCAAGCUAUGUUCGCACGCAGCGAAUGCCACUCCCAUACGCAGGCCUACCGGUUAUCCCAGAGAUGCCCGCUACGGGUGCUGCCCAAGUUCAGCAACAAGGGGAUCAAGAUGACCUGUCUGCUGCCAUUCCAGAAUUCCAACCCACUGUCCCGAGGCAAAGCCCUGCGACCGACGCGCAGAGCACGAACCAGCAAACUGGGAAGCACGAUGCCUCAGCUUCGAACCAACAUCCCGACGCUUUCACUCAGCAGGAGUGGGAGCAAGAUCUUGACAUCCGACUUGCUUUCAGAUAUCUCCGCUCCAGAUUUGGUUCCAGAUCGUCUCCGGCGCCAACUACGACAGGCACGUCACAUUUGGCGACCUCGAGCACCCAGGAUAUCGCGGCCAAAAUCGCGAGGCUGCGCGAGUCAGAGCACGAGGCGGUCUGGGCGGAGGAGUAG